AUGGCUUCUCGAGGGUGUAACUGCCGUGGAGAGAGCCUAGCCUCCGGAAGCCUCUCCUGCGUCGACUCCCCAGACCUGACCCAGCCUCGGGGCAGGCCCGCCUCCUGGCGGCCUCUGCAGACCAGGGGCAGCACGCAGCUGCUGCUCCUGAUGAGGCCGAGCCCCAGGAGGAAGCUGCUGCUGCUGGCCUCGCUGCUGCUGGCGCUGCUGCUGGCGGAGCGCUGCCGCAGGGCAGGGGCGGUGGGGCCCAGUGUGCAGCCGUGGAAACGGGGCCAAGAGCCCCGCCAGGCCUCGGGGCUGGGCAGAUACUCGCGCACGGUGGUUUACGUGCUGACUCGGUUUCCCUCCGCUCGCAGGCACCGAGCGGGAGAACUGCGGCUCUCAGACUGGUUCCACCCCAGGAAACGGCCUGACGUCGUGACCACCACGGGCUGGCUGGCCCCCGUCGUCUGGGAGGGCACUUUCGACAGGCAGGCCCUGUGGAGACACUACAGGACGCAGAACCUCACCGUGGGCCUGGCCGUCUUUGCCCCCGGCAGGACUGCCUACCGGCACCUGGAGCGCUUCCUGCGCUCGGCGAACAAGCACUUCCUGGCCGGGUACCGGGUCGUCUUCUACGUCAUGGUGGACGACUGGUACGAGCUGCCGCCCCUGCAGCCCGUGCCCCUGCACACGUUCAGGGUCUUGACCAUCAGGCAGGACAUCUGGUGGCCCGACUUCAACGUCUUGCGCAUGAAGAACCUGGGCGACUACAUCCUCAGUCACAUCCGGGGGGAGGUCGACUUUCUCUUCAGCAUGAGCGUGAACCAGGUCUUCCAGGGCGACGUGGGGGAGGAGAUCCUGGGCGCGGAGGUGGCCCAGCUCCACGCCUGGUGGUACUUUAAAGGCGGAAGGAAUCUCCCCUACGAGAGGAGGCCCGGGUCCGCUGCCUGCAUCCCGUUUGGAGAGGGGGACUACUUUUACGACGGCGCCUUGGUCGGGGGCACACCCUUGCACGUCUUAGACCUGAUCGAAGCGUAUCUGACGGGCAUGGCCCACGACCUGAAGCGCGGGCUGAACAGCACCUACGAGAGACACCUGAACAAGUACUAUUUCCUGCACAAGCCCGCCAAGCUGCUGUCGCCAGAGUACAGCUGGAACGCAGCCUUCCCCCCGCCCCUGCAGGUGCAGCGCGCCAAGGUGCUGCAGCUCGCCAAGAGGGGCUGGUGACCGCCGGCCCCGCCCACAGGCCGCCGGCCCCGCCCACAGACAAGGAAAACGCACAGCCAUCUCCAAGAAGCUUUGCUCCUUGCGAUAUUCAACAGCCCAGUUUGGCUGAAGCAGGAGAGAGACUGAAAGGGUGAUUGUUUCGCGGAGAAGCCACGGUGGUGGUGUACGUAUUGCAGGUAGCCUGGAAAUGAUUUUGGAGGCGUAAGGUGAUUUUUUUUGACUGAGACUGCAGUUCAGAGAAGAUGUACGAUCUGUGCACCAAGGGCCAGGGACGACAGGCAAAGGAAGGAAUAAACACUCCCGGGCUGACUCACGGACACACGGAGCAUUUCUCAUGGUCGGGCUGUUCCCUGCCGUGUCUGACCCUGU